CCUACACUCAAUAAUAAAUGCACUCCUCGUUUUAUCAUCAUGGCAAUAGAAGAGGAGUCAUCUAUGAAUGAACCCUAACAUAAAACAAUCUGGCCACAUGUCGUUCAACUUUACCCGAUUUCAAAAUUAUCACCUUAAACCAGAAACCCCACAUUGAUUCAACCUUCAUAGAACUAUUUACCAAAGCUCCAUUGAGCCAUCAGCAAAGAUGAAUCGACGGGAUUCUUCAAACCUGCUCGAUCGUCACAACGUCGCGAUCGCCAAGAUCCUGAGUUGUUUUCGAAACAUCGUCACAGCUUCCACCGCGUCCAUUCCCGAAGACGGCAACACCGUCGAGCAUGCUUCAUCCACUAGUUUCACCAUGCAGAUGCAGACAGCUGCUUUAAUCUCAGAGAUCGAAGGCCUACUCGCCAUCAACCGCGAGCUAAAAUCGCUCUGGAUGCGCGGCCCGCUGCGCCAGCCAGGCGAGGACGACGGCCGCGAGGCCGUGAUCGACGCGCAGGCGCGCUCCGUAGCGCAUCUGUACGACCAGGCCCUCGCGAUGCGCGACGCGGCGCUGAACACGACGGUGGUGGACCGGGACGACGCCCGCGCCCGCGCCGACGAAUCCUUGUCCGUGUCCGGCUCCUAAGCGCGCGCGGGGGGUCGCGCGCGACCGGAUUCUACGUCGCGCGGUUUUCUCACCACCACCCCCAAAACGCCGAAGCUUCCGCCGAGCUUGCGCGACUGCGACGACGGCCCGUAUCCUGGCUGAGGUUUACGGAUGGGUUUAUCGAGGAUCGUUGCGUUCGUCAGCGCGAGGUGAGGCGGCAGUUAGUGAUGUUUAAUGCGGUUGCCUACCUGGGUGGUGGUGAUUCUGAUCUUCGACGUGGAGCUGAUGAGGAUGCGGAUGCGGAUGCGGAUGCCGAGGAGGAGCUAAAGGACGAAUUUGCCCGUAGUUAUGCCGACGAGGACUACCACCAAGGUGCGCGAUAGGCUGUCAUGGACGUUGUCAGGAAGUGGAAGCCGAAGUAGACUCCCACCUUGGAAGAAAUCCUGGGCGGCAACCUGACUAAAUCAAGUAUAACGGCUGAUUUCGCAUAUCCCCAUCUUUGAAGCUGCCGGGUUGCCGUGGAUUUGGACAACGUCGCUUACCAUGCUGCGGUCCUUCGGGUCGUGAAGUAGGAUUGGCUGGCGAGGUGCCAUAGGUUCACCGAAUGAGUCUAAUAGCCUCAAGUUCGAUGCGGAUGCCUACUACAUUAGUGGCCGAUGAAUACACUGACUUUGGUAUUAACAUGA